AUGCGAGAUGUUGCCUACAAAGAAGGCUAUGGCACUGAUGCCCCGGACUCUCCUGUGGGACGAAUAUUUUGUCUCGUUUACCUGUUCUUUGGAAUACCUCUGUAUUUAAUUACGCUGGCUGAUCUUGCUAAAUUCUGCACUGAGUUCAUGAACAAACUCUACAUUGAUAUCAUAAAGUGCAAGUACCGCAUGAGGCGGAAGUACCGGCGAUGGAGGUCCGGCCUACGAACUUUGAGCUCUGCCCAUAUUUUAGAGGAGAGUGAAGAGCGCGAGCUGAAACAUCAGUCACAUUGGAGGAGGUGA